AUGAAUUUUGACACUUCACAUGAUUUACAGAUACAGUAUAUGAUUACUAUUAUACAAGAUAUAAAUGUAAAGGAAGUAAUCAUGAUAAUUGAUGAUUACCAAAGAUGUCGACAUGUUGAGAACUCAUCUUUAGUUGAAUUAUUAUGCAAUGUCGAAAAAGAAUAUCAAUUUUCUUCAAAUAAAGAAAAGAGUGAAUUCUUGAUAUUAUUACUUGAAGACUUGAAGACAAAAGACUGGAACGAAAAAGAGGAGAAUCGAGAAAUGAAUGAUUGUUUUAUGGGGGUGAGGGUAGUAAAAACUCAAGGUGUAUCCAUCAUUAAAACUUUGGGAAGAAGUUUAGAAGGAUCAGAUCCAAUUUUUACAAAGAAGGGGAUAGUAACCUUAGUUCAACUUGCUGGGCUUGAUGAAUCUAGUCAAUUUAAACCUACACCAACUGCUUGUGAAGCUCUUAAAUGUAUCUCAAAUUGCAUAUUUCUUAAUAAUGAUACGAAAACUUAUUUGGAACAGGAAAAUAUUAUAAGCUCUUGUCAGUCUAUCUUGCUACAAUUCGAAGAUCAACGACUUGACAUUGAUUUUCAAUUCUUGAUAUGUCGCAUACUCUUUUUUAUGACUGUUGAUAGAUAUGAUAUCAUUCAAGAUUUAAUUCAAUCUAACAUAUCACAUUCUAUUGAAAAGAUACUCUCUGAAAAUAUUCAUCAAUUAGAAACCCCGCACUUCAGACAGAUGAUUGACCCAAGCGUACCUAUAAAUCCCUUGACUGUGACAAGUGAAGCUUUAAAACUUCUUUUUAAUUUGAUGCUAUUUGAUGCUCGACAGAACAGUAAUGAAAUAGCCUCAGAGCAUUUUAAAAAUUGUUUGACACCUAUCUUUCAUUUACUGUUUAAAACACCAUAUGCUAAAACACAGCCAUUAAUCCCACCUCAUUCGCAAGCCAUUCAUGCGUUGAUGCAAUUUUCUUAUACCACUAUAGAGGAAGUCUGGCUAGCUCAAUCUGAGUGGAUAAGUCAGUUGUAUGAUAAACAGAAGGAUGAGCAUGGAUUUCAAUUUAUAGUAAAUACAUUGGUUGAUGUCUUGGACCGUGCCAUUCAUGCUCUUAUCCCUGAAGGUGAUCCUGAUCAAGAUGGUGUUCAACAGAUAGACUCCAUUAUCGCACCUUUACUCUUAGUAUUAACUUCAUUAGCAGAAGGAAACACACUAUUAAAACAAUUAAUGGUAGAAGCAAUGUUACCAAAUGAAAAAGAUAGGCACAAGCCUGUACAUGAAGGUCAUAGUUUAUCAGCCUAUUUAAUUAGAUUAAUGACAAGUACAAUGAUGCCACAAACUCGAGAUGCGACCUGCGAGACUUUGUUUAUAUUAUGUGACAAAGAUGCAAAUAAAUUUACGCAGCAAGUUGGCUAUGGUAACGCAAUUGGAUAUUUGUUUAAUAAGGGCAUUCCUAUGCAACCACCAAAAAGAGAAGAAGAAAAUGGCAAGGAUAUUAAUCCUAUUACAGGACAAUAUAUGUCUUCAGAACCAGAGAAAGAUUUGAAAGAUAUGACAGAUGAAGAAAAAGAAAGAGAAGCUGAAAGACUAUUUGUUCUGUUUGAAAGAUUAAAGAAGACUGGUAUUAUUGAUGUUGAAAAUCCAAUUGCUAAAGCUAUGCGAGAAAGUGAUUCAAGAUUUGAGGAAAUCCACAGUGAAUCAGACGAUGAAUGA